AUGGGCAAGAGCAAAAGCGCCAAACCGUACAUUGACAAAAAGAACGCUAGCACGUAUCAUCUACUGCAUCGUUCACAGCGUGAUGUGGCCGGGGAUGUUCUCGAAGAAGGGGAUACGUCGGCGGCUGGGAUGGUACUCUGGCCUUCCCCUGAGAAUAAUAAACAAACGGAUGAAAAGGUGCUGAUAUCCGAAGGUCAAAGUAAUAAAAUGAGCGAAUGGCGACAGAAGUUGGAGUCGUUAGGGUUGUUGGACGAAGAUCCAGACAAAUACUUAAAACCCAUUACGGGAACGGGUACAUUUUUGGACUCCAAUGGACACGUGGGCAACGCUUUGGCUCAUUCUCGAUCGAAGCCUCUGGAGGAAGAUGGAUUGUUAGAAGUCAAUCGCCAAUUCGACUCUAUUCCUCUUUCUGCAGAACUCAUGGACGAAGAGAUCGCAGCCGCGCUAUAUGGAGAUUUUGACGAAAGCGAUAUGGAACAGUUGAACGAUGACUUCGUUUUGGAUGCUGCAAAGGAACCGGAAGGUGAAGAAGCAGGCAGUUUUGACUACGACGAGCACAUUCGUGCUUUGAUGGAAAAGGCACGUCGAGAACGUGAAGAUGUGGUGUCGCUGCCGCAAAAGCACGUCGGGAACAACGACCAAAAUUUCUUUGCGAAACUCAAGCCACUGGCGGAAAACGAUGAAGACGACAAUGAAUCCUUUGCUGAUAUCGGCUCGUACUAUGCUGAAGCUACAAUAGCUACCACACCAGGUGUCGUCUCUGCUUUAAAUCCCGACGAAGAGCGUGCCUUGUGCGAAAAGUUCGAAGAGGCCUUAUUAGAAUAUGACUCGGAUGAGAUGGGCGACUGUCCUGAAUACGAAAUUCAUGGAACGCGAGAGUUGGAAGGCGAUGCGCAAGUAGAGGCCGCGCUUGAUGAUUUUUUGCUGGACAAAGAAGACGAAAUAUUUAUGCAGGGCAAUCGAUAUCGCGAAAAAAAGGUGGGUGGAAGUGGCUUCUCGGCUCUCGUAGGCAAGCAAAUGGUCCCCGCUUCUGCAUUGGAAGGACUUCCUAUCGGCUGCACGGAAUCUGUGGAGGAAACACUACGUACGGCACGGGAGACGCUCGCCCAACCGCUACAAAAACCCCCUACUGAAGAGGUUUUGAUCGAUGGAAAGUCGUACUUUUCGGAAAGAUUGAGGAAUCCGUGGGACUGCGAAUCGAUUCUCUCUACCUACUCCAAUAUGGACAACAACCCCGUCACAAUCGAGGCUACACGGCGGAGAAAGAAAAAGAAGAAUAAAGCUUACUCUCCCCAGACUGCACCAGGCGAAGAAAUCCGUUUGUCGACAAAGACUGGACUUCCGAUUUCCUCAAGAAUUGAUGAGGAUGAAGACGUCGACGAAAGCAUCUUGAGCGUUAAUCGAGGAAUUGCCCGGCAGAAGGGGGAGAGCGCCGAAGAGAAACGAUGCCGAAAGAAUGCCAUCAAACGAGAACGAGAGAUGGCCAGAAUACAAAAAAAGAAAACCCGAGAAAUUUUUCAGGAAGAGUUUCAAAAGAGGUCUAUCGAUGUUAUGUCGGACGAUAUUGCGGGUAAAAGUGUCUUUCGAUACGCUUAA